CCUUGUCACAUGAAGAGAGGUGAAUGAGUGGAUUUUUUUGUGGCUUCUUGUAUAUUAUUGUGUGCUGAAAGUCGCAGCUGAGACAUAAUGCUCUUACGUUUUAGAAAGUUUUUAAUAUAUGGAAUCAGGCGACAUAAAUGUCGACCGUUUUCUGUAUCUUCAGUCACUUCGAGUUCGAGAAAAGGUUUAGUUCUUGGUGUCUAUGACAAAGAUAAAGACGAGGGCAGCAUACGUUUCACUGACGCGGGAGCUUCGUUUGACAAAUUAGUGUCAGGCAAACUUACCCAGAUGCUGUCGAUAUCAGGACCUCCACUGAAGAUGGGAAAAAGCAGAGUAUUCUAUGGCUUACAUCAGGACUUCCCUAGUGUAGCAGUUGUGGGCCUCGGUAAGAAAGGAGUUGGUGUGUGUGGGAAGGAAAAUUGGGACAUCUGCAGAGAGAACAUCCGAGCAGCUGUGUCGGUGGGCUGCAAGCAGCUUCAGGAUUUAGAGAUACCUCAUGUAGAGGUUGACUCAUGUGGUGACAGCCAGUCAGCAGCAGAGGGCGCUGUGCUCAGCUUGUUUGAGUAUGAUGAGUUCAAGGGAAAGAAAAAGAUCCAUGUCACCCCACAACUACAUGGCAGUGCUGAUCCUGGAGCUUGGGAAAAGGGUGUCCUGUAUGGGGAUGGGCAGAACCUAGCAAGAAGUCUCAUGGAGGCCCCAGCCAACCAUGUUACACCGAAGCUCUUUGCUGACACCAUAGAGCAGAAACUUUCACCCUUCUCAGAUAGAGUGAUGAUACAUAAAAGACCUAAGUCAUGGAUAGAGAGUGAGCAGAUGGGGGCCUUUCUCAGUGUUUCCAAAGGUUCAGAAGAGCCCCCUAUCUUCCUGGAGGUGCAUUACACUGGAGCCCCAGAUUCCAGCAAAGGGCCUCUGGUGCUGGUAGGCAAAGGAAUCACUUUUGACAGUGGUGGAAUUUCACUGAAAUCCUCUUCGGGUAUGGAUGCCAUGAGGGCAGAUAUGGGUGGAGCUGCCUCUGUGUGUUCCACCAUCGUCACUGCAGCUGCUCUAAAACUGCCAGUCAAUAUCAUAGGUCUGACACCCCUCUGCGAGAAUAUGCCUAGCGGCAAAGCUACCAAACCAGGAGACGUGGUGCAUGCCAAGAAUGGCAAAACCAUCCAGGUUGACAACACAGAUGCUGAGGGACGCCUGAUUUUGGCUGAUGCCCUGUGCUAUGCACACAGCUUCAACCCCAGGGCUCUGGUCAAUGCUGCUACACUCACAGGUGCUAUGAAUGUAGCCUUGGGCUCUGCAGCUUCAGGGGUUUUUACUAAUUCAGACUGGCUUUGGGAUCAGCUAUAUAAGGCGAGUGUCAUUACAGGUGACAGGGUGUGGAGGAUGCCACUGUUUCAGCACUACACCAGACAAGUCACAGAAAGUGCGCUGGCGGACUUGAACAACAUUGGCAAAUACAGCGGCUCGGCUGGAGCCUGUACAGCUGCUGCAUUCCUGCAAGAGUUUGUGACAGCCAGUCAUUGGGCUCAUCUUGAUAUCGCUGGAGUGAUGACCAAUAAGGAUGAGGUUCCGUACCUACGGAAAGGAAUGUCUGGCAGACCCACUCGGACGCUUGUCGAGUUUGCUGCUGGCUUAGCCUCUGAGCCUUAGGAUGACCUCCUCGUGACCUUUGACUCCUCGGAUAUGAGACUACAAGAGAAUGAAACUGCUUGCAGUAGGAGUAAUGGUUUAGAAUGACAGCCAGCAAACACAAGCAAAUGUCUUUGUUUUCUGGGGUUGUGUGGAUAUGCAGUCUUUUUUAGAUCUGCAUUUACCAGCUUGGUAAGAUCUUAAAACACAACAGAUCUAGUGGUGUUUUGGGGAAGCACUGUUUCAGUUCAGCUUUCAGCAGUUAAUGGCUGCUCGAUGAACAGGAGGCCACUGGAAUACAAGAGGUGCAGCUGGUGACAGUUAUCCUCAAACUUUUUUCCAAAAUAUUUUAAAUAUUUCAAAAUAUUAAAAUAUCCAAAAUAUUUCAAGCAGAAAUAUAUCAGGUAUAAAAAAAAAUAUUCACAAGUUUUUGACAAAUGUUCAGUGGAACUUGCCUGUGUGUUCCUCUAAUAAAAAAUUAGGAUCACAAAGUUGGGAUUCUUAUUUUGGUAUCCCUACUUUGAACAUUUGUGUUCAACACACAAAACGUUGUUAAUCAUGUUGACUGUUAACCUCCAGGUUUAUUUUAUAUUGUACUGAUUACAGCUUCUCCAGCUCAGAUGCUUACCUGUGAGUCAGUCCUCUUAAUAAAGAAUUUUAAAUAAAAGUAAAUUUAAUUCA